AAUUUUUCCAAUUCAAUCUCUGACAGCUCUCACAAUAAAAUCUAGUCUUGUGUUUUCAUCCGACAAUCCACUCGUAGCAGAGCUCGAACUACACUCACUGAGGACAGCGGAUCACUUCAAAAGAUGAGCGCAGACGAAAUUCACAGUCAGUAUGACACCAUCUUGAUCCUGGACUUUGGAUCUCAAUACUCUCACUUGAUCACUCGAAGAUGCCGAGAGCUCAGCGUGUAUUGCGAGAUGCUGCCUUGCACCCAGAAGAUCAAAGAUUUGUCCUGGAAGCCAAAGGGUAUCAUCCUUUCUGGCUCCCCGUAUUCAGUUUACGACCCAGAGGCCCCUCAUGUCGAUCCCGACGUCUUUACCCUUGGUGUUCCCGUUCUCGGGAUCUGCUAUGGACUGCAAGAGAUCGCUCGAACACACGGUGGACAGGUCGAGGCUCACUCCCAUCGAGAAUAUGGAUAUGCCAAGAUCCAAGUGGAGAAGGUGGGAUCUCACGGUGACAGACUGUUCGACGGCAUAGACAUGGACACAGAUGGGAUGCAGGUUUGGAUGUCUCAUGGUGACCAGCUCACUUCCCUCCCACCUGGCUUCAAGGUCAUCGCUCACACUCCCACAUCCCCUUACACUGCCAUUGCUCACGAGAUUGAGCACGUCUUCGGAGUCCAAUUCCACCCUGAAGUCUCUCAUAGCCCGAAGGGCAAAGAGGUCAUUGCGGCCUUUGUACACAACGUCUGUGGUAUCAAGGGUGGAUGGAGUAUGGACUCGUUUAUCCCGAAAGAGAUCGCUAGGAUCAGGGAGAUCUGCGGAGAGAAGGGCCAGGUCAUCGGAGCUGUUUCUGGAGGUGUUGACUCGACCGUCGCUGCCAAACUCAUGCACGAGGCUAUUGGUGAUCGAUUCCACGCCAUCAUGGUCGACAACGGAGUCUUGAGGAAAGACGAGGCCAAAAAAGUGCACGAAAUGCUCACGGAGAAUCUCGGAGUCAACCUUCACGUUGUGGAUGCCUCUGAGCUCUUCCUAUCACGGCUCAGGGGCGUCGAAGACCCCGAGAAGAAACGAAAGAUUAUCGGCAACACUUUCAUCGAAGUAUUCGAGGACGAAGCGCUCAAACUCGAAGCCGCGGCCGAAAAGGAAGUCGAGGAGAAGGGCGGCGAGGCCAAAGGAAAGAUUGAAUGGCUGCUUCAGGGAACACUAUACCCUGAUGUCAUCGAGAGUAUUAGCUUUAAAGGACCCAGUGCGACCAUCAAGACGCAUCACAAUGUCGGAGGAUUGCUGGAGGAUAUGAAGUUGAAAUUGAUCGAGCCAUUGAGAGAACUGUUCAAGGACGAGGUCCGAGCUCUGGGUCGAUUACUGAACAUUCCUGCUCAUCUCGUUGGACGACACCCUUUCCCAGGUCCCGGGUUAGCCAUUCGAAUCCUCGGAGAAGUCACUCGCGAGCAAAUCACCAUCUUACAGCAUGCGGACGACAUUUACAUCGAGGAAAUCAGAGCAGCUGGAUUGUAUGACCAGAUCAGUCAAGCGUUCGCGGCCUUGUUGCCCGUCAAAGCGGUUGGUGUCGCUGGAGAUGCUAGGACGUACGAUCAGGUGAUCGCUCUGAGAGCAGUUUCCACAGAGGACUUUAUGACUGCCGAUUGGUUUGCUUUCCCACCGGCUGUCCUGAAGAAGAUUUCAUCUAGAAUAACGAAUGAGGUCAAAGGUGUUAACAGAGUCACGUAUGACAUCACAUCUAAACCUCCAGGAACGGUCGAAUGGUUGUAAAAUGGGUCGUUGGUGUGCAUGCUUUGACGAGGCUCUAAAUUGCGUCAGCCUCGUGGUU